AUGGCUACACUGCAAAGGACCAAUUCGUGCACCGAUAUUGGCUUCACGCUCCGGCGUCAGUUUGGCAAACCAGACUUUAGACCAUAUCAGCGCGAAAUCAUCGAAGCGGCCUUGGCCGGAUAUGACAUCUACGUGCAGGCUGCCACGUCGUUUGGCAAGAGCUUGUGUUUCCAGCUCCCAGCGGUAGUCGACACCGGCAUCACAGUAGUAGUCUCGCCACUUUUGUCAUUGAUGAUCAACCAAGUCGAAGCGUUGCGUGCAUGCGGGAUCAACGCAAGCGCGUUGAACAGCAACAUUCCAUAUCCAGAAAAGGAAAGGAUACACCGAGAUCUGGAAACAGGUCAUCCUUUGACGCGGCUGUUAUACGUAACGCCCGAACUAUGCUCCGGCUCGCGCUUUCGUGAACGCCUCCAGAAGGUACACGAGCAAAAAGAGCUUGCUCGAAUUGCAAUUGACGAAGCACAUUGUAUUUCUGAAUGGGGUCAUGACUUUCGCAAAGACUUCAAACGGCUCUCUUGGUUCCGCGAAACAUUCCCUACAGUGCCCAUCAUGUGUUUGACGGCCACGGCGAACCCUCGGUUGCCGAAAGACGUCAAAGAAGAUACGCUUAACCGAUGGAUCAACAACGAGCAGGGCUACGAUAUCAUCGUCGCUACAACUGCGUUUGGUAUGGGCAUCGACAAGAACAAUGUGCGCUUUGUCGUGCACUGGAGGCUGCCGAAGUCCUUCGAGGGCUACUAUCAAGAAGCAGGUCGUGCCGGGCGAGAUGGUAACGCGAGCUACUGCUUCUUGUAUUACAGUCGUGAGGAUCUAGAACGGGUCACGCGAAUGGUCAAAGGAGACUCCAAAGAUGGCACAAGCCACCAAGCGCGACUUCGCAGCUUACAAGCGCUCGCGCUCUACUGCGAGAACAUAACUUCGUGCCGACAUGCCGAAAUUUGCAAAUACUUCGGCGAAAUAACAAUACCCGAGUGCGACUUCGCUUGCGAUUUUGACAAGGAUGCAGAAGACUUGGGAGAAAGAUUUAGAGAAGGAUUGGCAAGCGAAGAAUGGGUUAGCACGCAGGCAAUGCAGGGCACGUAUGACGGAUAUUAUGAUGAUUAUUAA